UGCUGCUGUCGUUUAACACAUUCACAGGGCAGAAUUUUAACAUAAGAAAAGUCUUGAGUGGCAGCUUAUGUGUAAAAGACCAGUUUUAGUAUUAUGGCCCAACUUGAUUGCGAAGAGGAGAACGAUUGUUGUUUGAGCAGCAGCACCUUCACUAAUCUACACUCCUACUUUGAAAAUGGUCACCUAGUGAAUAAUUUGAAAGCACAAACGCCGACCCCGGAGACAAGAGAGGAGCUUUCUGAAGAGCUUACUACUCUGGACAACUACAGUGCACAGGUUGUUGAGGGUCUCGACGAGAGCAAUGACUCCCUGAGGCAGCCUGAGGAUGGCCGUUCUCACGCCAUGGACAUCUCUUCUGCCAUCAGCUCGGUGGCAUUGAACGGCACAUGGGCUUUGGGGAAAAUGCUAAAUUUGUUCUCGGUUCCUGGACUUGAAGAUGACUCCUCUUUGUCCUCCUCAGAUGAUCAGGAUAAAACUGAAGAGGGGGAGGGAGAGCCGGUUGAGAAGGAAGAGCUCAGUGUGACAUUCCAGUCAAAAUACAUCCAUAUUUUCCCACUGUAUCAGGACUACUGUCUGGCCCAACUGAUAGCACCCCAGUAUCUGCAGGGUCUGCGGUCCCAUCUUAGCUCUCUUUGCCUUUCUGAGGCCACAUCCCCUCCAUCACACCCUCAUGAAGAGACUCCAUCAUCCUCGCCUCCAACUCACCCAAUCAGGGUGACUCCGUGUACCCUUUGGCAAGAUCUAGACGAGGUGAAGGCUUCUGGCCUGCUCAACAGCUUGACCACCAGAGAGAUUCGCCAUCAGGAGUCGAUGUUCGAGUUGAUCGGUUCUGAGGCGUCUUACUUGAGGAGCCUUGGAGUUGCUGUCGGUCAUUUUCAUGCAUCGACGCCACUGAAACGGACCCUUUCUAAAAUGGAGCAUCACAUUUUGUUUUCCAACGUUCGUCGCGUCAUGGCAGCCAGUGAAAAGUUUCUCAUGGAUCUGGAAAUGCGACUGGGAGAGAGCGUGUUGAUCACUCAGGUUGGAGACAUUGUGCUGCAGCACUGCCCAGAGUUUCAUAAGCUCUAUGUGCCAUAUGUGACAAACAUGAUGUACCAGGAGGCCCUCGUCAACCAGCUGCUGCAGCAGAACAGAGACUUUCUGUAUUCACUCAAGAAGCUUGAGGGUGACCCAGUGUGUCAAAGACGGGACCUGAAGUCAUUCCUUGUUCUUCCCUUCCAGAGAAUUACUCGUUUUAAACUUCUACUGGAGAACAUCCUGAAACUGACUGAACCCGACUCCGACUCCAUUUCAAAUCUCGAAAAAGCAAUAGAAGCCAUUCAUGAGAUCGUGGCAGAGUGUGACCAAGGGGUUAGAAAAAUGAAACAAAUUGAGGAGCUGGUCAGCCUGGAAAUGCAUCUGGAUUUUGACAAAGUUAAGUCAGUUCCUCUGGUUGUCAGUGGGCGAUUUCUGAUGCACCAGGGUUCCAUGAAACAGCUGAUGGUGGAGGGGACUUAUAGCUCCAGACCUUCAUUCAUCGGCGUCUACCUCCACCUCUUCAAUGACCUCCUGAUCAUCUCCUUGAAAAAGGAUCAGCGGUUCAUAGUUGAAGAUCACGCAGAGUUCCCCACACACGUGCGUAUAGAAAAUCUGAAGACUGAAGUCCUGAGUUUACCCCCGGAAUCCUUCCUUCUACACCUCUCUCAAAGUCAAACGGGACAUCCCACCGCCAUGAUACUUGUGACGCACACAAGGUCGGAUAAAGAGACAUGGACGAAGUUGCUGUCAGGUCAACAGUGAUGGAGGAAAUGACAAUUUAGAUUUUUAAACAUCAAACUUUCAUUGUUUUAACUUGCACAUUUCUAAAAACUUAACUCAAGCGUUAACG